ACACGUGCACACACGCAUACACACACUUCAAGGCACUGUGUGUACGUGGCACCACUGGCACCGUGUACUCACGGAAACAGUGAAAAAUUCCAGCAGUAGCAGCGAGUCAAAUUGAAUAGAUAUUUUCUCCGUCUAUAUUGCGCAGUGAAUUUUUUCUACAUUACCAAUAUUUAACAAGAAUAUAGUGGGCACAAAACUCAAAAAGUCACUACGAACUAUCAGCCCCCUAGAGCAUAAUUUACAUAAAAUCCUCAAGUUUUGAAAAUUGACGGGAAUCCAAGAUGUCUCCGAGACGCAUAUUGCUUCUCUUAUUUCUCAUUUUUGUGCUGUUUUCUCUGCUUGUGGAGGAAGUAGAGGGCAGGAAGAGGGUGAGGAGGAAGCGGAGGAGGGGCAGGGGCAAGCAGGGGCAGCCAGGGGCACGCAGGAUCCGCCAUGCAGCAGGAAAAAGGGCAGAAUUCGUCAGGAGGCGACUGAGGAAGGCGCAGCCGGAGAGGCGAGAGGCCCAGCUGCGUCUGGUUGAUGGUAGAGCUGACUGGGAAGGUAACGUCCAGAUCUACCACGAGGGACGCUGGGGUAACAUCUGUGAUGAUGAAUGGGACACCAGGGAAGGAGAGAUUGUCUGCCGCACCCUGGGUUUCCCUGGCUUACAAAAGGUCACCUAUACUGGCUUGUAUGGUCAUGUUAAAGACAGGUACUGGAUGGACAACCUCUUCUGCGUGGGGACUGAAGAGUCCCUGACAGACUGCAGGUUUGACGGCUGGGGCGUCCACGACUGUCAGAAUGAUGAGUCAGCAGGUGUGGUCUGUCAGUCCCACUUUGCUACCACCCCAGGGACCCCCACACUGCCCCCCAGGGACGAGCCCAUCAUUGUCAACAAGACUAAACUAGGGGUAAGUGGUUCUAGUACCCCAGGGACCCCCACACUGCCCCCCAGGGACGAGCCCAUCAUUGUCAACAAGACUAAACUAGGGGGACCACUCAUCACUGUCAAAAGACUAACUGGUAGUGGUUCCAGUAAGCCCAGUGACCCCUUACAACCUUACUCCAGCACCCCGGGAACUCAGCCACGACGUCAACUAGUACAGGACGGACUACAAGGGCCGUGUGGAGGGCACUGCCGUCUAGCUCCCAUGGGCCUCAUCGUGCCAGGGACUGGAGCUAUAUGUAAGGCUACUGGAUACUUCGGAGGGAACAAGUCAGAGAUAGUGAUCAGUGGAGUGAAGUGUACCGGCAACGAGGAGUCACUGGAUCAGUGCUUACAUGACCGUGUUGGUGACGUCUUCUGUCCAGACCCAGCGCCAGAUCCCAACAUUGCUGGAGUCACCUGUGUGGGGAAGAUGGCAGACCUGGUGCCAGACCACAUAGAGCUCUCCAGGUCAGCUCACCUGGAGGACAAACAACUCUUCUUUCUGCAGUGUGCCAUGGAAGAGAACUGCCUGGCAGGUUCCGCAAGCAAAGUUCAGGAUAGCGGUUAUGGCUGGCACCUGGAGACCAGGAGACUACUCAGGUUCACAGCCAGGAUAGUCAAUCAGGGAGACGAGGCCUUUAGGCCCUUCUUGCCCAAGCAAUAUUGGAUCUGGCACGCCUGUCACAUGCACUACCACAGUAUGGAGGUAUUUGCCCACUACGACAUCAUUGAUGCCUCGGGCAGCCGUAUAGCAGAGGGACAUAAGGCAUCUUUCUGCCUGGAGGACAACAACUGCCUGCCGGGGGUGUCACCAGUGUUCAAGUGUGCUAACUACGGUGAUCAGGGGAUCAGUCCCGGCUGUACCGACACUUACGCUUACAACAUUGACUGUCAGUGGAUCGAUAUUACCGACGUUAAGCCCGGCACUUAUACCUUUAAG